AUCUUUAAAUGAAACACUAUUAUUAGCAUAUAUCUAUGGCUGCUCACCUUGGCCUUGCUUCCCUAUCCCAUUCCCAACUCCAAAAUUUUGCUCAAUCUCACCACACCCCAGCGCCGCCGCCGGAUUCCGCCUCGACGGCGAUGUGGAACCCUAGAAACACGGCGGCAAAGGAGGAGGAGGAAGAGGAUUCUUGGGAGAUUAAAGCGUUUGAAGAGGACACUAGCAAUGCUACGUGGCCGCCGAGGUGUUACCCUUGCACCUUUUGCCGGCGGGAGUUUCGCUCCGCCCAAGCCCUCGGCGGCCACAUGAACGUCCACCGCCGGGAACGCGCUCGCCUCCAACUCCCCACCACCACCACAAACGCCGCCGCCGGCCUUUGCCUCCUCUACUCCUUGCCAAACCCUAACGCCGCCGCCGCCGCCAACACGAAUUCUUCCCCGCGCCUUCUCUCCGUUUCGCCUUUCGCGGCUAAUAGUUUUCCGGCGACGCCCCGUAUAACCUCACCUAUCCACCCAUCUGUCUCCGGUGACAAAUCCAACAACAAAAAUUACAGUUUUGGGACUCGAAGGAGAGAGCCCGCCAUUGUAGAGGAGCUAGAUCUCGAGCUUCGGCUUGGAUGCAGCUCAUCAUCACCAUGAAAGGCAAA